UUUCGUUUCCAUAUGAACCCAUGUGAGCAUCUAUCGAAGAAUGUGACUUUCCAACCAUAAAAAUUUCACAAAGGGCAUCCUUCUUUUGCCAAUCCUCUCACCUGCAAUUUCUUAGCACAUAUGGUAUGCAGUAUUAAACAGGAUUAUUUAAUAGAGCUAAAAAAAUUUAACCUUUUUUCUUUAAUACUGUUUAUAGCAUUUAAUCUAACUUACUAAAUAAGUAAAUAUGUCAUAAGUUGUCCCGUGCAUUUUAUAUCGAUACCAACAUUGCAUUUAAUAUUUAUGACAGAAAGAACUUUAAUAGACCAAUAUCAGACAAGUGUAAAUGUGGUUUACAUGCUAUUUAAUGUUGAAAUACUACUUGACUAUAUACUGUCCAAAUUUGGCUGAGGACUUGCAAUGAAUCUAUACCUUGUUUAGCUUUAAUAGUUCACACCAUUAUUCAUGAAGACCAAUACACCUAAAAAACUGACCUUUUAUUCUUUCUGUGGGCUUUGCUUAUUGCAGUUGGUUUAAUUUACCUUUGUGGGGCAAUCAUUCUGAAGUCUAAAGCCUCUGGUAAAGAGAAUCUUCAGGUUACAACCCAAAGUAUUCUCUCAGAUACUUGCAUUUUGUCUUCAAUUAUCCAGAUUUUCUUUUAUUGCCCAAAAUAAUUUCUGUUCUUAAGCGUUUUCUGACUCAGGCCGGCCUCCAGAAUAGAAAGGCAUGACAGCUUAGCGCGGGUCUGAUCCUUUUUGAGAAACCUGAAAUUAUUGGUGGGAAGUUGGGAAGAAACUUUUAUGAUAUGGUUUUGCAGUCAGAAGUUUUAUAGAAUUCAUAGAGAUAAAAAGGAUGAAAUAUUUGAGUGGUGUAGGGCUGGGUCUGAGUCUUGUUUUUGGAUGUCUUUUGCUGGCUCUGCUUUUUGAGAUUUACUACUUGUUAUGGUGGAAAAAUAGGAUUAUCAAGAGAAGUAAUGAAAAUGGCCAUUACAAUAGAUCAGCAACAAAAUUUUUCUCCAAAUUUUGUUGCAAAAAACCAUCUUCUUCAAGUACAACUGGUGCUCAAGAAAUAAGUGUCUCAGAGACAAUUUCUCAAACACCUCAGGCGCAUGAAUUUCAUGGCAAUUCAAACGACAACAAGAAUUUGCAGUUCAAUCCCUUCGGAUCAGAAGAUAGCAUUCCAAGAUUUCUCUACUCUAUAGAAGAAGAAACAAGGUCAGAUUUGGAAUCUGAAAAUGGAGGAUCCAGUUUCGACAUCAGUAGAAAACAAUCAAGAAGUAAAAGUUUGAGUGAUUUAUUUCACAAUAUUGCUGAAACUCCCUUCUUGACUCCUGUUACCUCUCCCCCAUAUUUUACUCCUCCUUUAACCCCAUCAUCAUCGUCAGAUAACCAUAAUCAAAAGGGUUGUUUUAAUCCAUUUCAUGAAUCGGAAAGUGACGCAGCAUUCAAUAAAUUAAGGUCUUCUCCACCUCCAAAUUUGAAGUUUUUGAGGGAUGCAGAAGAUAAACUUUAUAGCAGAAAAAUCAUGGAAGAAGAGAGACCUAGUCAAAAUUACAGUAUUGAAGAACAGUAUUGUCCUUCAAGCUGUUCUUUACAGGUACUUCCUAUGAAUUUUUCUCAUCCAAACUGCAACAGCAAGCUCAAUAGUUAGGACACUAAUCACAAUAAUGACUUGAUGUUAGUGCAGAUUUUGGUUUCAAUGUUUCGUUUACUAACGUUUGAUUUUUACUCUUUUUUCCC